UGAUGCUCUCUGCUGGCUGAGAUUCGAACUCCAACAUGUCCACCUCAGACUCGGAUUAUUCUAUUGACUGGCUCGCCAGUGAUGAGGAAGACUACGACGGCUCCAACAGGUCGAGUCCUCAGGACAGAGCGGAGCUGGUGUCACCGUCAUCUUCCUCGUCCUCUUCGUCUUCAUCAAGAGAAGCCCCUACAAGCUGCCGCCAGGCUGCGGCCGCUCACAGAGACUCCUCUGACUGUAAAGAUGGAGGUUCUCCGUCACUCAGUGCACUUCAGGGAUUUACUUCAGUUUCGACGCAGCAGACACUUCCUGAGGAGUCACGUGGUUCAAACAGGAAGAGGACACACGACGCCAGUUUGGACGAACUCUGUGAAAAGCCUCAAGAAGACACUGAAAAUGAACUGUUCUCGCACAAGUGUUCACAGCUGCAGAGCUACAUCCCUCCUCUGUCGUCCAUCCUGCGCAGCCUGAGGUCAGGACGCUACUCUGAACGUCUCAGCAGUUUUCAAGAGAGCGUGGCCGUGGACCGUAUCCAGAGAAUACUGGGGGUCCUGCAGAAUCCACACAUGGGCGGACGCUUCCUCAGCAUCGUACUGAAAAUAGAAGAAAUGCUUCAAAGCUGGUUUCCUCAUAUUAAACCAAAUCCUCAGACGGACGACAGCACGGCGGCGAAGAAGCAAAAGCAUCAUCUUCAUCAUCACAGUGCCUCCCCUCCUCCGCCUCUCUGCUCCUCAGCCUCCUCCUCCUCUCACCUCAAACGACUUCACCCGGCGCCCGUGAAACCUCUCGAGUCGAGGCUCCACCCCCUGGAAGUGACCCAGGACAACGCCGUCUCCUCCAGCACCGACUCGCUCACGUGGCCCCGGGGCCGCUCCUGCACUCACCCUCGCCUGAGCCAGGGGGCGCUGCACUUCAAGAUCAGAUCGCCUUGUCUGGAGCGCCUCCUGCAGGCGAAGGACAGCAUCAUCACCCCCAGGACUGUGGGAGACGGAGGCUGGUUGUCAUAGCAGCGCUGAUCUGGGGUCAGAUCUCAUGGUUCAGAUACUAAAGCCUUAAACAAAAGCAUGUUUCCACGUCUUCGAAACCUUUUCUAUCUACAUGAAAUGUAGAAGAUCCACAGUUUUCAGGGUGAAACUAAAUAAAGACACUGAUUGUUCCUGCUUGAAAAGACGCUUGUUGUUUGAAUCGUGGACGUUUUCGCUCGUUUGAGUCGGACAGACGUCGUCUUCUGAGUUUAACUCCAACAGUUCCUCUGAAAACAAACAUAUUCAUGGAUCUAAGAAUGAAUGAAUCACGUUACGUUUGAUAAAACUGAGACUUUUCAUACUGAUGCUUUGAUGACUGUUAUGUUCCUUUGAUUCCUCUACCUCAUUCUGAAACCUCGUCUCGGCUCCAACAUCUGAGACGACGUUCAGUCAAAACACACCAGAAAAUCCAACUCUUCAGUUUUUAGAUGUAAAGUUCGUCUAAACAACAGAAUGUGACGUCACUCCUUUGAUCAGAGACUUUGGAUAAAUGUGAUGAAACAUCAAAGUCAAAGUGUAGUUCUGAUUUUCAUCUAUCGAUCGUCUUUCUUCUUCUGAAUGUUUCGGACUCAUCGACUUCCAACACGUUCGCUCACUCUGCUGACGACGUCCGUGACAGUUCAUAGAAAUCAUCCCAGAGGAACCGUCACUGAUCUCAAUCUGAAACUUAAACGUACUGUAACGUUUCACUUCCCUUCGUACUGGACAGAAGCUCAUGAAACAACAAACUCACAAAGUGUUCGGAGAAACACAAACAGGGAAUUUUGUUCUAAAAACACUAAAACAUUGAAAGACACGAAGUUGAUCUGACUCGUCCGCACGACGAGGACUCAGGAUUUUGUUGUUUCUCACCAUCAUAGAAAGUAGGAGUUAUGUCAUUAAUUUAUUUUUAAACCUGAACCCUGUUAAACGAGGAAGAAGGAUCUAUUUACUCUGUGAAUUUAAAAUUGACAGAGAACGAGUGCAGCAGGUUUUCAACCUUGUUUUUCUCUCAGAGAUUUGAAAAAUGUAAUUGUCUCAAAAAAUAAAGUCUUUUUAACCGAUGAUAAAACUGAGACAUCAACGUGUGGAAGAAGUUUGUAUUUAAUUAUUAACGGAGAAUUAACGGAGCUGCCAUGAUUCUCCAGCGUUGUGAUGCGUCAUCUACGAAGUCCCUCCGGGAAUCUCUAUCCUCAGACUUUGAAUCUACAGAUUCGCACAUUGGUCUUUUUUCUCUCAGCUGACCACAGGGGGCGCCGAGUUACGAGUAGAUCGUGAAUUUAAUCGUAAAGAAUUUCAAGUUUACAAAAUUUCCAAACUUCACAGAAGUUUUCUUCCAAACGUCUCGUUCACGUGUAACAAGUUCAGGAACGAUCACUGACGCUUGUUUAAAUCAAAAAGACUUUAAAACAGAAUCGCUCGUUUCCUUGUUUCAAAGCUUGUGAUGCAGUCAAACGGCGCCAACUGCUGGUCAAAACUUUGGUAUUGCAGCUUUAUGAACGGAGUUUGUGAGAAAAGAAAGGGUUUCACUCUUAGAUUCUGUUUUUCAUCUUGUUGUGAAACUUCUUCGAAUCGAUUAAACUUUAACUCUGCACCUGAACACAUCUCGUCUGACAGCGUGACCCAGAAGCUGUUCUUCACCCAGUCGCUCGGAGACGAGCUGAACUCCCAGUUUUUCUUUGUACAUAGUUUUGUGUUUUUUUAUUUCCUCCUCUCAGAUAUAGCCUUUGUGAUAUUUUGUAUUUCUGAAAUAAAUGUGACGUCUUCUUUCUGAAAUGUUUUUUUCUUUUACAAACUUCUGCAGCAGAAGAACAAAUCGAUUAUGCAGCAUUUCUCAUUUAUUGUAGUUUGUUGCUUGUGGAAACUCAGCAGAGGCAAUGAAAACAAUAAAUAUGGAUAUUAUGCAAAACAUUUUCCUAAUGAAGCAUUUUACACAAUGUACAAUAUUCUUUUUUUCCUCCACCACCACGCACUUGAAUAUUCUAUACACAUUUCCAAACAAACAGAACCUCCAUGCAGAAACCCUGAAAAUGGGAUGUGGAGUAUGGAAAACAAAAUUAACACUAAAUGCACUUCUCAUGUGGAUUUCUGUGUCAUAAAAACUGCUAAUAAACCACAAAGAGAAAUGAAGAUCUGUGCUGUUUUAAGAUUAAAUGGUAAAAAGUGGUCAUUGCUCAGGAGUUUCCUACGACUGAUGCAGUGAUGACGACUCGUCUGUGUGUGUGUGUGUG